AUGGACUCACUCUCAUCCCAGAACCUUGCCUUUCCCGCUCCCCUACCUCAUCAUACCCAAGAUGCAGACCUUGUGUUCCCACAAGAUGCCACUUUGCCUCUGGAGGGCAGCCCUGGUGGGUUGUCCACUUAUUAUGACCCAACAACCAGGGCCACUCGCCAUUCCAACUUGGCAACAUCAGAAUUUUCACAGAGAGAGCCUGGUGAAAAGAACUGCUUCUCUUCCACCUUGGCACAGUAUGAAGCCACACAGGAUUUCCUUGCUCUCCAUUCUUCUGAGGCCUCUUCUGGAGGUGACCCUGCAAUAUACCUUAAAGACCCUGGCAACCUCUCAUUUGUCAACUUUGAUGUCCUCUCAUUCCUGGAGAGACAAAUCAAAGAGAGAGGUGAUUUCUUAAUAUUGAAAGAAAAGGAAAGGCAAACAGAACCUUUUCCAAAACAAUUUAAACUAGAGUACCAACUGAAUUCUUCAGGGAAAAUGUUAGAGUCAGUUGCUGAUCAGCAGGACUCUGCAGUCUCCCUUCCUUUUGGGAGCAGCAAAGGCAAACCAGUGCCCCAGCACUGGCACAUGCCUCAGCAGCCUCCAUAUCUAAAGAACUCUGAACAUGAGUCACCACAAAAAGAUACCCAACUUUUCUGGGGUCUUCCAUCAAUUCACAGUGAGUCACUGAGCACUACUAUUCCUGCCUCAGGUGACUCUUUCUUUAUCUGCUUCAACAGAAUGUUCAGUGCUUCUACAAUCCAUGAAUCCCCAAUCCUUCCUCAUCCCACACCUCCAUCUUUGCCUGAGAUCCAACCUCAAGCCUUGUACCAAACACUGUCCCAAUCUCAGUCUCAACAUCUCCAUCCUGCCCAGGACAAGGCCCAGCUUCAGUCCUCUCUCCCAAUCCUGCCACCAUCUCCUCUACCCCAACUUAGGAAGUGUGGAGUCCAUUUUCAUACACCUCAGAGUGAGGCACUAUCUCUAUCACCAUCUGAAAUUCACCACCUGGAAUAUAAUGUGUUGCAAAAAAACCUGGAGAGUUUGUGGGGUUUACCCUGUGUGAUCCAAAAAUCCCAGGAAAAAUUUUGUCCUCCAGCUCCCAACAUUUCAUUGGUCAGCAGGUCCUCCAAGACCCAUGUUCAGAUCUCCAUCCUCCCUGGAGAUUUUCCCCUCAACAAUGAGCUCCAGAAGAAACUGGAGCAUCAUCUUCAAAAGAGGCUCAUUCAACACCGCUGGGGUCUGCCCCACAGGAUCCAUGAGUCUUUGUCAAAGAUGAGCCCCCUGAUAGAAAUUCCCUCUGAGUCAAAGAACAGUGAUGGAGUCUCAUGGAUCUCUUCCUUAAAGAAUCAGAACAGCAAAGAGCUGAACAAUUUCCAACUGAGCCAGCCCAAUACCUUCCGUAAGAGGAGUUCAGAGAUGUUUCUUCUAGAGGAGGGAGUGGGGAAGGAACAGGGACAUAGUUUAGAGAUUGGCCCAGAUGAUCAUCUGGCCAGUGAUCAAGAUGGGCCUUCAGAUAAUGGUCUAGGCUGUGACUCUGAGACAGACACAGUAAAUAACUCCGAGAGUCUGUCCAGGAAUAAUUCAAGAACCUCAGUGCUGAGCCUAGAUCAGAACCAACUUAAGGAUGCCAUGGAAAUACAUUUGAACAAGAAAUUUGAGGAACUCAGUGAAGGUCAGACUCCUAGCGCUGUGCGUAGUUCACAGCAGUCUAUGGAGAUGACCUUGCCCCCACCUGAGAAACCCCCCUGUGAAAUAAAGCAGAGUGAUUUGGCACCAAUGAUGGGCAAAGGCAGUGACCUGAACAUUCCCAAGGAUAUCUCCCUCCCUGAUUCCAAGAAACGAACGAUUUUGGAAGACCAUAUUAAACUUUUUCAUAUGAGGAUGAUUAGUGGCCUUCCUCAGAGGGUCUAG